UGUCCUUGGCGAAGCUGUAGGAAAUAGAACUUUCCAAGAAACCAAAUAAGCACAAAACAGCAAAAACCAGCCACCUGCCUCUGCCUGUAUGCUCGUUCCUUGCUCUUAAUAGUCUCUCUCUCUCUCUCUCUUCAAUUUUUUUAUUCAGUCAAAAGUGUGCAAUUGGCCGUCAUCAUCGUGGGUGACAGCUAACUCUACCUAUAAGGCCAGGUUUGGCACACGAGUUUUCUUUCUUUGUUCACGGGCUCAAGCUUCUUUAGUUUGUUUUUGCCGGGUGUUAGAGCUUGGGUUUCUAUUACUUUCUAUAUUCUUUGGCAGCUGAGGGUUGGUGAGAAAGAGUGAGCAACUCUAAGCUUGAGCUUUGAGGUUUUUGUUCAUGGGUUCCUGCUUUAGUGUAAGAAUCAAAGCUGAGAUUCCUUUUCACCAUGUUUUGAUUAGUGAAACAGGAAAGACUGCAGCUUUACCUAGCUUUUCCUGAGGGCAGACCCAAAAUAUAGCAGCAAAGGUGGAUAUGAUCCAAGUGGAUCUAGCAGCAAGGUCUCGUCUGUCACGGUGCCUUCAACUCCUCGGACAGAGGGUGAGAUCUUACAGUCUUCCAAUUUGAAGAACUUUAGCUUUGGUGAACUGAGGGCAGCCACUAGGAACUUCCGUCCGGAUAGUGUGUUGGGUGAAGGAGGAUUUGGCUGUGUCUACAAAGGAUGGAUUGAUGAACAUUCACUGACACCUACCAGGCCUGGAACUGGCAUGGUUAUUGCUGUGAAGAGGCUUAACCAAGAGAGUUUCCAGGGUCACCAGGAAUGGUUGACCGAAAUCAACUUUCUCGGCCAGCUUUAUCAUCCAAAUCUUGUGAAAUUGAUUGGAUACUGUUUAGAGGAUGACCAUCGGCUUCUGGUAUAUGAGUUCAUGCCAAAGGGCAGCUUGGAGAAUCACUUAUUUAGAAGGGCUUCUUAUGUUCAACCACUUUCUUGGAAUCUUCGAAUUAAGAUUGCUCUUGAUGCUGCUAAGGGUCUGGCAUUUCUUCACAGUGAUAAGGCCAAAGUGAUAUAUCGAGACCUUAAGGCUUCCAACAUCCUGCUUGAUUCAAACUAUAAUGCCAAACUCUCUGACUUUGGGUUGGCCAAGGAUGGGCCAACAGGGAGUAAAAGCCAUGUUUCAACCCGAGUAAUGGGUACCUAUGGGUAUGCAGCACCCGAGUAUAUGGCCACAGGUCAUCUAACUAAGAAGAGUGACAUAUACAGUUUCGGGGUUGUACUUCUUGAAAUUUUAUCCGGCAGGCGAGCUAUAGACAAAAGCAAACCAUCCAGGGAAGAAAAUUUAGUUGACUGGGCAAGGCCUUAUCUUGGCAGCAAACGCAAAAUUUUCCAAGUUAUGGAUGCCCGACUUGAAGGCCAGUAUUCAUUGAAAGAUGCACUAAAAGCAGCUACUCUUGCAGUACAAUGCCUAUCAACAGAGCCAAGGUUUAGACCAAAUGUGGAAGAAUUGGUAAAAGCAUUGGAACAAUUGCUCGAGUCCAAUGACCCCGAGGGGUCUCGGGGCUCUCAAAGCGAAAACCCCCGAAAAAGGAAUCAAAGUUCAAGCACCGGUCCUAAAUAUCGUAGGAGAAGUACUAAUGAAAUUUCUGAUAGAAAAGCUGUCUCUCAUCCAAAACCAACUGCUUCUCCUCUGCAUAAAUAGAAGAGUAAAAUAUGCAUGCUUUACUACUCGCUUCCAUCCAAAGAAAAUCAUGAAUUGCAUUGUAUGAGUAUAAAUGGUAUGUAACAUAACGAUAUGUUGUUGUACAGUUCUUCAUUUCCAUGAAAUGUAAAAUUUAUAUUUCUUUGA